AUGACGAAGGUGAACCUUGAAGAACUAUGGAAAGGUGCCGAAAGUCUGAAGAGAAAAGUUUCUUUUCAAGAGCCGCGCCUUGAUCAUCAGCGAUCGAUUCCCGUUUUCCAGAGGCCUCCGCAUCCACGACGGUACAAACUCGUACGCGCUAAGAGUAGCAUGAAAGCGUAUAACACGUGGAAAGAACAGUUCAUGAAGGAUCGAUGUUGUAGCGAGAAGGAAAUGUACAAGGAGGUGCUUAUCGCGUCGACACCUCACGUCCUUCUCAACGUACUACUAAUUGCAUAUCUUCUUCUCGGGACCUUCUUUCUACGGUAUGCCGAUGAGAGCAUCGGCAAAGAGGACUUCCAACCAUCAUUGCUCUUCACAUUCACUACAAUCAUGACAAUUGGCUACGGUAGUAUUUAUCCAACAACAGACUUUGGGAAGAUCUGCUGUGUGGCAUACUGCGUAAUUGGCAUACCCUUACUCUUCCUAGUUCUUUCUAACAACGGUCAGUUUGUUGUGGACGCUUACUGGAUUCUACGAAAAAGCGCCGGAGGCAAGAAUACAGCUUCGAAAAGCUUACCGUUAUGGUUGUCGGUGUUAUUAAUUUGUAUACAUUCGUUUGUUGGUGGUCUUCUAUUCAACACAUGGUUGAAACAGAUGCGGUUUUUCGAUGCGGUUUAUUGCAGUUUCAUAUCCAUAUCGACAAUUGGUUACGGUGAUCUUGUCCCUGUGCCCGACACAUGGACUCAUACAAUUGCUAUAAUGGCGUUUUUAUCAGCAGGUGUGGUUAUAUUAUCCACCUUGUUCGAGACAUUCGGCUGCUACUUAAACUACGUGCACUAUAUUGGACGGCGAUUUACUGGCACCAAAGAUGUAGAAAUAUGGUUCGGUGGACGUAUGCUGACAGUCCAAGAACUGAUCACUUUAGUAGCCGAUCAAUUUGGAGUGUGUCCUAGAAAGCUGAGGACUAUAAUACGCGAUUUGGAUGAUAUUCUUGAGGCAGCAUGUGAUGAUACGGCAAAAAAUCGAACAGAGAUGCUGUACAAAACGGGAGAGGUGAUCCGAAAUGAGACUCGCAUCGUCAUGCAAGGAAACGGAAAAUGUCGUACCAUGCUUAUAACUCGAGAACAUUUGCCCGAUAUGGAUGCUGAAGUUACACUUCUUUGUCAAAUGAAGACAAGCCCAAGCGUUCAAAAGCUGAUCACCAAAGACGCAGAGAAUGCACUUCAUGCCUUACGAGUAAUUCAUCACAAGUUGAACAAGCAACCUAUCAAACAGCAAUUGGUGGAGGAUCGACGGACUCUUUCAUAA